GCCAGCUUCGUUGUAAAUGCUGCCACUGCCAUCCAACGACAGAACCGCCCAAAGCACACAGACAUGCACACAGCGAGUGCGUCCGCCACGGCCACGCAUAAGUGCAUCCAAAACACACAGAUACAUCCGUGCUCAGUUGCACACACAUGACAUCCCUGCAGCCAUUAACACCCACGCACCCACACACUAGGCAACCUAAGGCAAGUACCCACACAGAUACAAACGCCUGUUUGCCGAGGAAGGAGCGCUGCCAAGGGGUGAUGGUGGGUGAGUAGUGAAGAGAGGCUCAGUCGUCAAUCCACUUAAGCUUGUCCACGUGUGAUGGCCGCUGCGGCGGAGUCUAUCAAAGUGAACCAGGACAGUCGUCCGUGAAGUCGAUGUGCGUGCGGCGCCACCAUGCUGCACUCCGACUGUACCAAAAUCAGUCGGCAAGUGCGCUUGCGGCGCACACAUCUGCGGUGCGGCAAGGGCAGUGAGGGCUUACGUCUACCAGCCAGUGUGAAUAAAUGGCUAUACAUAUGUGUGUGCGGCGCAAUUGAUGCAACAGACACACCAAAUGAAUACAGCAAGUAGCUGGCUACAGGUAGGUGUAGUGGUGUCGGUGCGCCAGUCGGACAUGUACACACCGACACGCCACUAGCACUGAUCACGCAAUAAUCAUCUGAAUCAAGUUACUAUGCCAUGGGCAACCCCACGCAGCUUUGCUCAUCCCUCGUGUGCCAUAUCUCAUCGAUGAGUGCUCUCACCUGAGUGCUCCGCCACGGUGACCGCUCUCGCCGACCUGCACACACACACACACACACACACACGCCGACAGACAGAGAGACAGACUGACAGACUGACAGACACAGACGAACGCAACGAGCUCUACUGCAUCAGGAGAUGCACACAUAGCAGCAAGAUGAUGGAUGGAUGGAUGGGUGCGAUCAAGUUCAGCAAAUCAGCAGCAGCAUGGGGUGGGCUCGUCUUGUGUCCAGCAGGGGCACAAGAGAAACCCCGCGUGCAUACACUCGCGGUGCGCAGGGUGGUGCGUGGAGACUGCCUGCCUGGGUGCGAUGGCUGCCUGUGCUGUCCGGGAGCUAGUGAGUACAGCCUUGCACACACACACACAUGCACGCAUACACGAUGGCCAUCGAGCGAUGCUGCAGCAGGGGGUGAGGGGGGCUUCUCCCUCCUGUGUGUGGCAGAAGCAGCCAGACGCGGAGGGCAUGCGCUGCCGGAGGGGCAAAACACCUGCCUGCCAUUCCGCAUUGAGCCGGGUUGUCUGUAGAACGAGUAUGAUGCCUGCGUGGCUGCCUGCCUGCCUGAUAGGGAGUAGUGCUCCUUGCACACACACACACCAGAACACACGAGCAGCCCCUGCACUGCAUGAGAAGUCGGGCAUGAGUGCAUACAAACACACAGCUAAUGGGGUCAGUGAUGAUAUGCUGGUGUCGGCAAAACCCGCAACAGCACCGACGGGAUGGACGGCAAAGUGACUGCGGACAGUGCGGACAGCGCGCUGUCAGCGGCAGCUAUGAAAAAUGAGGGACCACACAAACACACACACACACACACACAUGAGGCGGCCAAGGACACAUACAGAGAGCCAAGUUGUCACGCCAAUACUCAAAUGGCUGCCGUGCCGCCGACAUACUGUACGGUCGGGAUGGGAAAAGGAGAGCGAUGCCGAGUACGGACGGCUGGUGUCGGCAAAACCCGCAACAAACAGCACCGAUGGACGGCAAAGUGAGCCGGAUGCGGAGGAAGUGCACUCCCGUAAGGGCAAAACACCUGCGUGCCAACGCGCCCGGUGUGUGGAGCGAGUGUGAUGCCUGCGUGGUUGCCUGGCUGCCUGCCUGGGAGGUAGUAAGUGAUCCUUACACACACACACGCGGACACGCACAUUGACGUACGUACCAUCACGAGACAGUCAGUCAGUGAGUGAGUGGGUGGGAUCAGAUGACUGUCACUAGUGCAUAUGCAUGGCCGGCAUGUAACCAGCCAGACAGUCAGUCAGUCAGUCAGUCGUGUCCGUGCCAAGUAAGUAAGUGUAUGUGUAUGUGUGUGUGUGUCUCUCUGAAGAUGAAAGCAUCUGGCUGGUCCAAAGCACACAACAAACAAACGGCUGUUCUCCUCUCUCGGUGGACGGGACGCCUGGCUGAGCAGGUCACGUCAGGUCAGCUCAGGUCAGGUCAGAAAAAGAAAGACAGACGGGAAAAUUGCAUGAGAAGUCAUUCACAAAGAAGUCGCGCAACCAGAAAGUGCCCAGCAGAAAAUGCCAAUAUGACAUGAAAAUCAUUCACAAAUCAGUCAGUCACGCAACCAGAAAGUACCCACCAGAAAGUACACACACAUCUCACGCACUGCACCCAGCCGCACUCACCCAGGCCCCUGACCGACACCACCCUCCACCAUCCACCCCUUCACCAACCGACCUCCCGCCCCCGACAAGCACCAACACCACCACCACCACCACCACCAACCGAUUGUUUCGGUCAACGAGAGCACCGCCGACGCACAUAAGAAGUAGACAGACGGGGAGUAGACAGCGACACACCACACCCACCCACACGAACGAAAAGGGAGUGUCCGCACCCUACGGAGGGACGAAAAGAAUACCACAAAGGAAAAGGCAACGUGUAGGGCUGCUGACUCAAAAGCAAUGCAAUACAAUACAAUACAAAAACAAAAAACAGCCAUCCUCCCCCGUCUGUCUACAUAUGGGGGCGCGGGGGCCUCUUCUCGUGGUGGCGGUGGGUGGUGGGUGGGGUGCUUCUCGUCGGCGGAGAGGGUCCCAUGCGAAGCCGUCAUUCAGCCGCACUGUGAUUCGUCCUCCCGUUGCUCGACGGAUGACGAACCCUCCUGAGCCGUCCAGGUCGUACAUAUCGAUGUUAUUCGCUCGCACACUUGCCGCACGCCACAGUGACUGACGCUCUCUGCCUGCCAGCUGCGGAGCGACUGGAUGCUGCGCCGGGCAGGCUGCCCUAGGUGUCUUGCAGGUGGCACCUGUCGGUGGAGUAGAGGGAGGGCCACGGCCGCCUUGAGUCAAGGCAGAUGGUUGGUGAGUCUGUGAGGGGGGCGGCACAGCAGACAGACAGACAGACGGGCAGGAGAAGCCGGGAACACCGGGCAGCGGCGAUAAAUCUAGACAGAAAGAAGCGACCAAGGACAGACAAAGCGUGAUAUGUGCACGAGUAGCUCUCCGGUUGUCCUCUGUUCUCACCUCCCAGAAGGCGAUCUUGAAUCCACACGUCGCAGCGCCCCCCACAGCAUCGCAUCCUCCUGCCAGCUGCCGCAUCGCCCGCUCGAAGAGCGUGUCCAGCAUGAUCCCAUUCAGCGUCACUGCUCGUCAGUCACUCAGGUCCUCCCCCUACACAUACACGUGGCACAUCACUGGAUGAGUGGGAGUGGUGAGUGGGCAGACGGGGGCGUGUGGGUACCUUACCUUGGUGGUUUUGAUGGCGGUCUUCGCCACGGGAGGGUGCCGACGCCUGUCUCUGAGCCAUCAUGCGCAUGAAGGCGGCCUCCACCGCCUUGAAUUGGCUGCCUCGGGGUUCACACGACUCUCAGAGGGUGGGUCACACGCGACCUGAACGCAUUCAUAAACACAUCGCACACACAGACAGACAGAUGCACCCGUCCGUUCAUCCAAGAUGCAGGUAGGUUUGUCUUUCUGUCUGUCUGUGCGUGCUGUGGUUCACUUACUAGGGAUGGAGUGGUGGCCAAGAAGGGCUGCCGUCCAGCCGAACCCUGAAGGCACGCACUCCCGGAGGAAUGACUUGCCGAUGAAGGCACGCAAUCCCGGAGGAAUGACUUGCCCGAGCCAGCCAGACAGACAGCCAAUCGCCUCUGCCAAGGCAUACACACACACGAGACACACACGUGAGCCAUUGCCUGGUGCCUCCAGUCUCCCUCACGUACCCUCUGAAGGUCGCCUGUAUCAACCGUCGCGGACCCCGUUCUUUGAUGAGCAUGGCCCCUGCUGCCUCUCUCCCUCUCCCGCUGCUUAACGGUAGAGAGGAAGCUGAUGGGCAGAUCCUGAAUGGUCGAGGUGUGGCUGAACGUCACACUCCCAUCACGGGCCUGCACACCACACACACCAUAGACACACCCACACUACUGUAUUCCUGGCCUCCUCUGUGUGUGAGGGAGUGUGCUGACCAUGGCGGCUCUGUAGUUUGGUGCAAGUAUCUCCAGCAGAUACCUCCGCCGCACACUGUCGUCCUCCCCCUUGGCCAGCAUUGCGUCCCGGUAGCUCUGCAGCAGGUCAGCCGAGGGUGCGACAGGCAGCUGGGACAGCAGCUGGAAACUCUCGUGCAGCGGCGGGCACAGGUACACAUUCGCCGCAGAGCUAUCGACCUUCGCCUUGUCAGCCUGGGUGCGGAAAUGCCUGCACCACACGUACACACAUGGAUGGAUUGAUGGCACACAGGGGUGGUCUGCGUGUGCACACGUACCUGACAAGGGCCCUGAAGCACUCCCCCACCGUGGCCACCACGUCAUUGAGGAAGCAGCAGGUGCCCUCCUCCAGGUGUAGAUACUCCCACAGCCGCGACCGCAGCACCAUGUCCUUACCCCCUCGAACCACUGAUGACGAGCUCCCCGCCGCCCCAGCAGCCACAAACCCCUCAUUGCCGCUGACAUUGGUGAGGUUGGAUGGGUCGGUGGUGGGCGGCCUCACCAUGACGUGCGCCACCGUCUGGACCAGCUCCUUGUAGAAGUGCACGAUGGACACGGGCGAGGGGGAGAACUGUAUGCUGGCCGUCCGCAGGAACACCCGCAGCCCCGUGAAGCU